CCUGUAUUGCACGCGACGACAAUAAAGGGGGAUCCUAUAUGGAUAGAUUUAGCAGUGGCUCAACAAGGAUGGAUCGCACUCACAUAAGAAAGAAGACAGGCGCUAGUCGACUGACCCCUGUUCUAAAAUGCAUCAAUCCUUCAUACAGUUAUCAAACUUGUUAAGUGCCUUAGGACUAGCAUAUGCCCAUUGUGCUGGUGUAUUGAUUACGUAUUAUUUGAGUGCGGUUUUAAUCCAUUUUCUCCUCGUUCAAACAUUUUGCCAUACCAGUGGGACAGGUGAAUUCGUUUGCUAGACACGUUAUUUCACAUCGUGCUGGUCUCCUCACUAAGGAUGGGACGUCAGGCCCACAUCUUCAUCGCCAUGGUGACGAUACCAUCAUUUAUAACUACGGCAACCAACAUAGAAACGACUGUAGCAACCCUAGAGGCAUUUACUCGCAACAUACGCCGGCAACCUUACACAAAGACUACAACCCAGCUGCAACCUAAUACAACCAACACAGCCCGAUUGCAACCUAACACAACAAGCACAACCCAUCUGCAACCUAACAUAACGAGCACAACCCAUCUGCAACCUAAUAUAACGAGUGCACCCCAGAUGCAACCUAACACGUCGACGCAUGUGUCCUGUUUCUCGUCCUGGUUCUUGUGUGACGACGGUGUGACCUGUAUUCCGGAAGGGAGCGUCUGUGACGGUACCAUAGAUUGCCCAAGUGGCAGUGACGAGACCAAUUGUAUCCAGUACGAAGCCGAGUGCGGCCGUCCUGCCAUUCCCCCGUAUUUCGGGCGGAUCGUGGGCGGGAGGGAAGCCCGGCGCGGCAGCUGGCCGUGGAUGGUGUCCCUCCGCAGGAAAGGCUUUGGUCACUACUGUGGCGGCUCCCUCAUCUCCGACCGUUGGGUGCUGACGGCUGCGCACUGCUUUGAUGUAUGGCGCAAUCUAACGGUGUGGCAGGUUGUCCUGGGCAACCAUCACAGGUCAUCUGAUGACGUCACGCAGCAGCUAUUCGAUUUAGAUGACGUCAUAGUUCAUCACUACUACCGAAAGGUUACCAAUGAUUUUGACAUAGCGCUGGUGAAACUGGCUGGACAUGCGCUGUUGGGUGACUAUGUCAAGAAGGUGUGCCUUCCAGGUCCUAGCGAAACACUGCUGGAGGACCAGACAUGCGCAGUGACCGGUUGGGGAGAUACCAUGGGCACAGGCGACGAUACAGUACUACGUCAGGCUCUGGUCCCCAUCAUCCCUCGCGACAUUUGCAACCGGCCGGAGUAUUACAGAGGUGACGUCACGACCAGGAUGCUGUGCGCGGGAUAUGACACAGGAGGAAUUGAUUCAUGUCGGGGUGAUUCUGGGGGACCGCUCGUUUGUAGCGGCGGGAGAGGCCGGUGGACGCUGGAGGGGGUGGUGAGCUGGGGGGAGGGGUGUGCACAGCCCAGGAAACCCGGAGUCUACUCACGGGUGUCAGAGUUCGCUGUCUGGAUAGAGGACAACAUCGCUGGUGUUCAGUAAACGCAACCUAUAGAAAUGCACGCACAAAUGACAUCUACCGUAUUUAGAAUUUUGCAUCUUACGCGGAAAAACAACGUUAGAUUUAUAUAGAGAAGAGUUUUUCACUAACUCUUUUAAUGCACAAAAUAUGAAAUGAGUAUGAUAUGAAGGUGGAAGUAAAAACUGAAGCUCCAAAUAAAAUGAGUACUAGACCACCAGC